GUAGAUGGAAGUGAGAAAGAUCUGCCCGACCAGUUAAUACGGAACCACCACACCGCAACGACAACGAAGCCGGCGCCCGUAGCCUCUAUUCUCCGUCAACACGCUCGGUAACGUUUGGCCAUUUCCCCUCUCGAGUCCCCCAGCUCUUUCUUUAGGUUUGACUUCAGGUUGGCGAAGUGUCUCUCUCUCUCGCUCGCUCGCUCCGACACCGCGUAUUGCAUUGUUUUCUUUUACUUUUCCUUUUCCUUUCGCGCUCUUCUUCGCGACCUUCCCUCUGACAAGGUGGCAGCAAACAGAAGCGGCGCAUGAUUGGGGAAGUGUCUCCGUUUUUUCCCACUUUGCACCAAGCUCUUCUUUUUACGUGUGUGUGUGUGUGUUUCUCUUUUCCUUUUCAUCUUCCUUUGCUUCCCGCAUUUCGCGUUUCGCCUGCCUCCAGCACUCAAGCUGUUUCUUUUUUUUUUUCUCUCUCGUUUUCUCCUUCUCUGUGGUGUUGUUGCUCGUGUUGA